AGCACUCCGGCUGUUGUGUUUGCAAAGAAAAACCACCUUGUGUUUGCAGAGAAAACCGCCUUGAAAAGGGACGGGGAAAGAGAAACGGGGCUUGCGACUACGGACGCAAUUUUCUUACCUACAGUGUUUGCUCAGUGGAUUCACAUGCACACCUGGAUCACAAACAUGCCAUCAAAGGUGCUUCAUGUUGUCUUCACUAUUCACUUGCUGCUCCUUCAAGAUGCCCAUCCCUGUGAAACAUGGGAAUACUCAAUAGGAGGGGAAUGCUGCCCCAAGUGUGAUGCAGGAUUCCGAGUUUUAAGACACUGCACCCUCAGUUCCAGUACGAACUGUGUUCACUGUAACCCCGGGUGGUACACCGAACACCCAAAUGGAUUGACAGCGUGCUUUAAGUGCCAGGAAUGUGAUCCAGUGGCUCAUCUGAGAAUUAAGAACCCGUGUCACUAUCGGAAGAACACAGAAUGCAUCUGCAAACCAGGUUUUUUCUGUUUUCACAAACUGGACGAAGGUUCCUGCGACGUGUGUGUCAAACAUACUAUCGCUCCUCCUGGUUUCAGGGUGACACACGUUGGCACCGAAACUCAUGACACCAUAUUUGAGCCCUGUCCUGCUGGGACGUUUUCAGCAAGAGAAAUGUCAUUUUCUUGUACAAAGUGGACAAAUUGCAGUAAGGAAGGCUUGAUCAAAAAACAGGCUGGCAGUGCAAUUGCUGAUGUCGUGUGUGAGGUCCAUAAUGCACCUCCAACAAACACUUUGAUAAUUUUAGCUGCCACUCUGAGCAGUUUGCUGCUCCUGGUUCUGGUUUUAAUCUUUGUGAUAUGGAAACACAGAAAGCGCAUAAUGAAAGCAAUUGGCAGAAGAAAGGGGGAAGAACCACGUCUCAGAAAUCCAGAGAAUGAAUGCAUGGUAAAGCCCAUUCAGGAGACAACCCAAAAUCCUGGGCAGCCAAGUUAUGCAAGAUCUUGAGACAUGACGGUGCUCAGCCCCUCUACUAAGGCUAUUCACUACUCCUGCGUUUAUGGGGGAAAGGACUAAGAGGAGUGACCUGUAACGGAUUACUUGGGCAUUCUCUGUUUUGAUCUUGAAGCUCCAAAGCAAGGGACGCCUUCCAAAUUCAUGCAGAGAAGGUGGCCUGAGCUGAAACACAUGCGGACUAUAAAGAUAAAGCAGAGCGGGAGAACUUCCCGUCCCAAGGAAGAGCAAGAAGGGGAACACUACAAAAAGUGAAACAUUCCACAACUUUUAUGCUUUGGGGUGAGCAUCCGUUCUCACACAGUCAGUGAGAAAUAAAGCAACACCUCAUCUAACCGUUGGAAAAAUGGGACAGCGAGAAACCAUUGUUUCAGUGCAAAAGAAGGGGUUGAUCAGCCCGUUUCGCAGGGUGGGAAGGCAAACGUGGCACAGAAGAGUUUGCACCCAGAUCAUAGAAACGGAACUUACUGUAUUUUUGGGUAUAAUGUCAUUAAAGAUGUUUUUUUGGAAAAAGAUUAAAAUCGGAUAGAAACUAA